AGCUUUAGGCUCGUUCUUACCCGGGUGAUUGGAUCCGCAACUCAACGAGCGAUGGAAAUGUGAAUCGUCCAUUCAGCGCUGCAUAUCCCCGGUGCCACGUUCAGUGGAUUUUCAUUUUGACUGCAAGUUCCGAGCUUGAGUCGGACCAUCUCAAAGCAGACGAAGGAUUUGGGUUGUGUGCUGCACUGGGACCUUUUGAAGUUCUGCAGCUCCAAUGGAGCAGGGCCUUCGGGCACUCCGGCAGCUGUCGGCAGGUCUAAGCAAUGAAGCUGCCGUGUUGAAAGCUGCAUCUCUAGUCCCAGUUGAACCAGACGAGCCUCAGGAGCGGUGUGGAAAAAACAUGCGGCAACUCUCAGACAGCGAGUCGGAUGAGGAGCUGCAGGACGCUGGCGAGGCUCAAAAGCUCAGCGAACUCUAUACUUGGGGCCGAGCUACAAAUUAUCAAUUGGGAUAUGGUGUGAGCGGUAAUGAGCAGCAAAUUCCGAAGUUGGUGCAAUUGCCAACUGGAGCACAAGUGAUGUCUUUGUCCUGUGGACGUUUUCACAGCACAGCCGUGACGGCCUGCGGCCGCGUCUUCACUUGGGGCUUCGCCGGUGCCAGUGGGCGCUUGGGAAUUGAGUCAUUCCGUGAGGCCGUGGUGGUGCCAACACCCCUGCCAGAAUUUGGGCCAGGAAGACACCAUGCUGUAAAGGUGGCCACUGGCAUUCAACACACUUUGGCCAUGACAGCUGCAGGGAAGAUCUUGGUUUGGGGCUCCAACGAACGAGGUCAGCUUGGAAUGCCUGGAGAAAGCUGCUUGAAGCCGGCAGUUUUGAAGGCAGCCUCCUUACAAAAGCAUCGUGUCAGUGAUAUUGCAGCUGGAGCUAUGCACUCGCUGUGUAUUGCUGGAGAAUGCGGAAGCGUUUUUGCCUGGGGCUGCAACUUGCAAGGUGCUUUGGGCCUUGGAGCAGCACCAACUGGUCCUUCUUCCACGAAUCAGCCUCAAUCUUUGCCUCACCUGAAAUCUGCAACCUUGAUCACAGCAAACCCGUGUGGACACGUAAGUCUUUGUUUGCUAAUGUCCCAUGGAGAUGCGAUGAUGUUUGGAUCGAGCUCACCGGGCGACAAGACGGACCAACGAUUCUUUCUACCGUCGCGAGUACGGCGCAGGGAGCCCAAUCCCACCGUCAGUGACGUUGACUGGCAGCUGCAACGAGGGAGUCACUUGAGCCCUUUGCGUUGGGCAACUCUCAGCGACUCUGAAGGCUUUGGAAUCGACACAGAUGGGCUCCUUUGGGUUUGGCCUACCUCUUCUCGGCCAGUGUCUGCAGAGCUCGUGUCGGUGUCCCUCAGACGAGAGGUGCGCUCCAGAUUGGCGAGUGUGGAAGAUCCAGGAUUCAUUUUGGUGGAAGAUGGUGAAGAGAUUGAAGUCUUGGUUCAAGAGGAGGCGUCACGGGAAGUCCUUGCAAGUGUCAAUGAGGUACAGGAAGUGGGCAUUUCAGAUUUGGGUGUGUCGUUCAAAGCUGGCAUCACUUGGGCCAUUGACGAUUCGGAUGCUGGCCAUCUCUGGCAAUUGAAGCGAGCAAAGUCCAAAGGCUCUUGGCUCGCUGAACGCUUUGAGUACUUGGCCCAGGUGUCCUGUUUCGCUUGUGGCCCGGAGCACCAAGCGGCCGUGACCAGCUACACUGUUCCGACCAGCCACAGCGAAGAGAAAGGCCUUGCUGUGAGCGAGCUGGGCGAUGCAUCGGGUGCGGUCGUCCGGGACGGCGCCGUCUGCGCCGUCCGGUCGGUGCCAUCCCUGCAGCAGGUGUGCGAAGAGAAGCUUUGUGCCAAGCUGAAUCCUCGAUCCUUUGGUCUGGUCUGUGACAUUGCUUGGGAACUGAAUCGGCCUGCACUGCUGGACCGUGCCUUUGGAUUCUUGUGUGCAAACGCACCUCUGAUGUUCUCCAAGCUACACCUGCCAACCUUGAGCCAACUUCCUAUUGAGGUCUUAGCAGCCUUUGAGAUGGCCGCCAAAGCCAAGCAAAAGUUGAAGGUGGCUAAGGUGACUGUCCCAAGCGAGACACCUAUUGAAAAGGAGGUGAGGAGGGAAUCUCUGCAGGAGGCUUGCCCUCAAGACUUUGGAUUUGAUAUUGAUUUGGAGGACCCGAUCUUGAGAGAGCUCAUCCACUUGUGCGAAAAUGGCCAAUGGUCCGUUGUGUCAUCUGCAGCUUUGUCACUGUUGGCUACUUCUAUGCUAGGUACUGCUGCAGGAGAGGGCCUCGUUGCCGAGAAGUUGGGCUUGUCAUUUGCCUUGUCCGAAAUCGAACGAGUGGAACUUGAAGCUGAGACAGAAAAGGAGGAGGCUCAGGCUCGCCCGAGACGCCGGGCAUCUCAGACUUCUCCACAGGUUGCAUCCAAGGCUUCGCCAGCCAUGUCAUCCAAGUCUUCUCCCAAAUCUUCUGCGAUGUCUCCACCUCUGCAGCACCAAAAAAGCCCAGCUCUUGAGGCUCAAGGCUUUGAUUGGGUGGAGGUGAAGAAUGCCAAGCGCAAGAGCUCUGAUUCAAAGCCGAUGACUCCCAAAGUCAAAGCAGAAUCCCCAACUGUGCCCCCAAGCCAGCCAAGUCCCAAAGGUGUUCGGCCCGUGGGACGUGAGGUGAAGGGACAGGGCAAGACCUCAUUGAUGUCGUUAGAUGAUGGGCCCUCGCGGCAUCUCAGAUUGACCGACUUCAUGCCUCGGAGCGGAAAAGGGAAGGAGGGAAAACGAGAGGCGAAGACGCCCGAAGCUGGCCCUUCAGCCAUUCUGGUCUCGGCUGUGGAGUCAGCUGGAAAGGAUGGGGCUUGGGCUUUGCCGAAUGUGGAGCAAAGUCCACUGUCUGACAUUUUGGAGGCUCAUUCAAAGGAGAAGAGCAAAACCAGCAAAGCAAAGACUGGGUCGAAGCCGACGCCGAAGGUCAUGACUUGCUCUUGGGGUCGGGAUGCCUUGCCCUCCGAACAGACGAAGAAUCAAUCCAUCUCGGAGAUUCAGCAGGAAGAAGAGCUUCUCCGUGAGCACGAUGAGAUUCUGGAGAUUGAGGCCAUGUUCGCAGCGCUGGAGGUUGCCGAGAUCGAGGAAGCUCUUGAGCAGUCUCGUGUUGCCAAUGGUGAGCCUAAAGUGAGUCAGCCACAGGUGAAAAGCCAGAAAAAAGCCGAGCCGCGAUCCAAGAAACGAGCCGAAAGAUCGACUUCAGGCCAACUUGGCCGAUCUCAACAUUCCAAUCGCUCCGAGCGGGUUCUAGAUUGGUGGGCACAGAGCGACUGGUCUGGUUGGAGCUGGGACUCUUGGGACUCAGGCAAAACAGCUCGCUGGCAAAAACGAGACCCAGGCCGCCCAGGCCCUGCACCUGACGAGGCCACGCAAAGAGACGAGUGAGCAAAGAUGCGGACAGACUCACCUCUCCGAAUUUUCCCGCGUGGCAUGGAAAAAACGGUGAGGAAAGCCAGUUUGGAUGUCAGUUUGCUUGAAAGAGCCAUCGUGUUUAGAA